AUGCCAGACUAUCGUCAGCAAGCAUGGAAAGAAUCCGUAUGCGACUGUUUCCACGAUGGUCAAAUAUGUUGCUAUGGUUGUUGGUGUUGCUGCUGUCUGUAUGGUGAAAAUGUUGCAAAAUUGGAAAAUAACUCUCGGUGUUUCACACAUUGUUGUGUAUAUACUCUGUUGAGUAUGUUUGGUUGCUGUUGCUUAAUUCAUUCAGCGAAACGUGCACGAUUGAGACAAAGAUAUGGUUUAGUUGAAGAUGCUUGUGGUGAUUGUUUCAUCACGUGCUGCUGUCCGGCUUGUGCAAUUUGUCAAGAAGCACGAGAAAUGAAAAUGAGAGGAUGUCCGGCACCACCGUUGAUUGUUAUACACCAGCCUGCAAUGUCAUUAUCAAGUGCAGCUGAUUUUGAUACAAACCAUUGA